AUGAUUGGCAGUGUGUUUUUCAUCUUCAACCGGCUGGUGGAGAUCGUGUUCCUGAUCCCGAUCAUCGGCAUGCUGGCCUGGUUCGUCGACGGCUACCUCAAAGCCAACCAGCUCACACCACCCUUCAUCCUGGUCCUCUUCAUCGUCAGCGUCAUCGCCAUCUUCUGGGCCGUCGACACACUCAUCCGCUUCUCAACAACCAAACGCUCCGCCAUCUUCGUCGCCUUCGUGGACCUGCUCUUCUUCGGCGCAUUCAUCGCGGGAGUCUACCAGCUGCGCUUCAUCGCCAACGCCGACUGCGGCAGCUGGCACGGCGGCUCGGCGUGGGUGUCGCUGGGCCCGUUCGGGUCGUGGGGCGUGCAUACUGAGAACCCGCUGUCGUACCAGCUCAACAAGACCUGUGCCAUGCUCAAGACCUCGUUCGCGUUGGGGAUCAUGGAGACGAUCUUUUUCUUUUGGACGGCGCUGCUGGCUCUGUUCUUGCACCAUACCCAUCGCGAGACGGUGGUCAAGGAGACGACGGUCCGCAGGCGCAGCCAUAGUAGUCGCCGUGGGGGGUCCGGCUCGCAUCAUCGACACCGCAGCUCGAGUCGCAGGCCGCACUAUGUGGUUUAA